AUGAGCAGGAAAAUCGAAGACCUUGCCAAUGCGGUUCGUGACAGGGACACGGAGAUCGCCCAGCUCAAGGCUGCGCUUGCUAUAAGGAAUUCUGACAACUCCAAUAACACGAUUGACACCCCACCUGCUAACCCGCCACUAGAGAAUUUUUUCGCAAUGAUGCAGCAACAGAUGCUGCAGAUGAACGAUAACUUUCAGCAGUCCAUCAAGGCCCUCGUGGCUACCCAGAUUACCACUCAAACAAAACUACAACAGAUUGAGGCAGCCAUGAAAACGUCCGGUCGGUCCCCUCCGGUACCGGCUCCCCAGAGACCGCUAUCGCAAAGGCCGAAGGCCACAUCCGCUCCGUUGCAAGUAGCAACGGGCAGUAAAAAGAUUAUAAAUACGUUUACCGAAAAACCCAGCACCAAAUCAAGCGUAGGAAAGAAAAUUGUAACCACCGCAUAUGUGCCCACCUCGGAAACCAAAACCGCCGAACCGGGCACACCUACGGCUAAGACUCCUGUUACAGUCUCCUCGCCAGUCACACCCAGAAAUUCACUGGAUUUCAACCUGGUUGAAGUGAUUGACGUCACCAGCGAUAGAUCCACAUCACCGGGGAACGCCAGUGACAGGACGAUCACCCCUGACUUCAGUCCGAACCCAAAUGCCAGAGUCGAUACGCCGCUACCAAUUACCAACACGCCAAAAUCCUCCAAACGACCGAGUAACGUUCUCAGCCCUCCGAUACGGCCACUCCACAUAACCCAGCCUCCCAUGAUACCGAAGUCUCUUCGGUUAUCUCCGGAACCACCUGAUACCGUUUGA